UGAACAGCAGAAAAAUAAAGCAUUUCAAAAAUAGUUUACUGCGUUUUUCGGGCAGGUCCUUCGAAACGGUGGGGUGCGUGCGUGCGGCCGAGCGUCGGUGAUCGGUGCUAGGUGCUAGUGCUAGAGUAGUGUGUAUGCUCCUCAGCUGAGACCGAUGUGUGCCAGUGUGCGCGCGUGUGUGUGGUUGUAGUUUCAAGGAAAAAAUCUACAAUCCAAGUGCUCCUCCUUUGAAAAGGUCGUGCGCCCGAAAGUGCGUUGCGUGAAUCACACAAGGCGAAAAAUGGUGGUGCUGUUGGAAGUGCCCAGUCUUUAAAGUAUGUGUUGGUCAAUUUUAGGUCGUGACCAAAAUUACGGAGUCCUUAUCGGUUGUCUUCGGCGGUAAUGCGCGUGCGAUAGAAGCAUUUUGAAGUAGAGCACUUUUAAGCAAAACGGUUGCAAGCCACCUUCCGUCCUAACGGCGGUGUCUUCUUCUAGGGUGAGGUGAUUUUGCUUCUUCGAGCAAAUUGUGCGCGUAAUUCGAGGCCAGUGAGUAGGCGCAGUUUUUAGUUCCGUGAAAUACAAAUAUUUACCAACUUGAGAAGCAAAAUAAAACCGGUACCGAUUCGGUGGCAACUGCAACCCGGUCACGUACUAGAAUCUGACCAUUCUUUCGAGGAUUGCUAACGGGCGGGCGGUGGCGGCGGCGGCGUGUGGUUGAAGGAAAACCGACACCCGCGUAGUGUGUUUGGCCAACGCAGCAUCAUCAUCAAUCGCAAACGGCAGCAGUCAUGGCGGCGCAGGAGAUCGAAACAAUCAGCACGUCGUGGGGAAAGGAACUUUGGGAUCAGUACGACAACCUGGCGACUCACACACAAAAGGGGAUCGACUUUUUCGAGCGAUUUGGACACUUUAUCCGCGAUCGCAGUGCCAUUGAAGUCGAGUACGCGCUGAAGCUGAGACGGCUAGUGAAAAAUUAUCAACCCAAAAAGAACAAAGAGGACGAUGAAAACGAAUUUUCCACGCUGGUCGCGUUCAAGAAUGUCCUGAAGGAGGUGGCCGAUCUGGCCGGACAGCGCGAGGUGGUGGCCGAGAACCUCCAGAACCAGGUGCUGCAGGGCAUCAUGCUGCUGGCGAAGAAUCUGCGCGAGGAGCGCAAGAAAUCGCUCACGCAGGGCGCCGCACUGACGCAGACGCUCCACACACAGAUCGGUACGCUCGAUCGGGCGAAGCGCAGCUACGAGAAAUCGUUCCGCGAGGCGGAGAAGGCGAUCGAAAGCUACCACAAGGCGGACGCCGACUUCCACCUGAGCCGGGCCGACGUCGAGAAGCAGCGCGUCAACAUGAACAUACGCAACACGCUGUCGGAGGACGCGAAGAGUGAGUACGCCAACCAGCUGCAGAUCACCAACAAGCUGCAGCAACAGCACUACCAAGCCGCCCUUCCGGAGGUAUUCAAUCGGCUGCAGGAGCUGGACGAGAAGCGAACGCGCGGCAUGAAGGAAUUCAUCAAGCGAUCCGCGGACGUGGAGUGCGAAGUGUCACCCAUUAUUGCCCGCUGCCUCGAGGGGAUGGUCAAGGCGGCCGAUUCCAUCAACGAGAAGGACGACUCGAUGAUUGUCAUAGAAAAAUAUCAGUCCGGUUUUCAGCCGCCGGGCGACAUACCGUUCGAGGACCUCUCGAAGGUCGAUUCCGACUCCUCCAACAACUCACAGACGCACAACUCCAGCACCGGGCUCAACCACAUGACGGGGAAGGGCACCACGAAGGAGAAGCUGAAAAAGCGCGUUGGCAUAUUCGGCAUCUUCACCGGGAACAAGAAGAUCCUUGAAGCCUGCAUACAUGUAAAGAACAAUCUUACCACGGACGGUCUGAAGGAGGAUUUCAGCGAUCUGCCACCGACGCAGCGACGAAAAAAGCUCACCGCCAAGGUGCAGGAACUGCAACAGAAGGUGGCCCAGGAGCAGGCGGCCAGCGAUGGACUGAUGAAGAUGAAGGGCGUCUACGAGGCGAACUCGAUGCUGGGCGACCCGCGGACGGUGGAGGAGCAGCUGAACGAGUCCGUCAAUCGGUUGGACCGGCUGCGGAUCGAACUGCAGCGCUACCAGAAACUGCUCGACCAGGCCAACAGCCAAACGGUCAUCCAACACAGCCCCCAGGCAAACCGCGUGAUACAGAAUGGGCAGCGAUCGUCCAGACAUUCCAACGGUAGCAGUAAUCACGAGAACAACCAUCACGAUGACAACGGUGAAGAUCAUCCCGACGAUGCCGGUAGCCUUAGCAGGUCAGCUUCCGAAAGUAGUGUACAGCAAGCGCAAAAUGGGCUUAACAUUAACAACAACGGCAGCUCGGCGAGUCCGGAAAGUGGGCUCGGUACAUCGCACACGUCGCUACCGGGCUCCGGGCAGGGAAGCACCAACGAGCAGGCAAUGAACGAGGAGUACUACGAAGCGGACACGCCACUUGGAACGUGCCGCGCGCUUUACCCAUUCGAUGCGACGAGUGAAGGCAGCAUUCCAAUGUCCGAAGGUGAAGAACUGCAAGUGAUAGAGGUCGACCAGGGGGACGGUUGGACACGGGUCCGACGGUUCAGCACGAAGGGUUGGGAGGAAGGAUUCGUACCGACCAGCUACAUUGAAUGUACGCUGUACGCGUAGUGUUGAUCACGCGGAACCACAUCCUCCGGAGUCUUCACUCCCGGUCCGGGCGUGAAGGAGCAAACUGUAAAUAGCACCAUGUAAACGACGCUGUGCCGACGAUGCCGUGUGACCGGUCCGCAGCUUCUACAUACACACACACAUCGCAUAUGCUUUAGUCGACAAACAAUUAGUGGCAAUAAAAAAAGAAGUACACCAUCACCGGUAAGCGACGCCGACGGGACGCGCUAAGAGAGGUGACUCAUGACCGGCCGAGACAGAGUGGCCCACUUCCGCGAGUGCAACACGAGUCCCGGGCCAGUACGAAGUAUAGCGCCGCCUCACCAUUUAGUAAAAAUUAUUUUUAAUUUUCCCGUGCGUCUUAUUCACUCUAAGCUAAGCGUUAGUAAAGUACUGUCCGCGUGGCAGUAGCCCUUUUGUUUGCGCACACAGAGAAGGGUCAUGCUGCGGUAAGGCGCCCCAUAACAACACCCUUGAUCCCAGACUGUUUGGUCCGCAUUUUUCCGUUGUUCUCCUUCACUGGGUGGAGUUUUCUUUAUUAUUUUAUUUUUUAGCUAAUUGCUUCAGUAAGGCCUUCGAUUGCCUAGGAAGUAAGGAAGGAACUUUCGAGGGAUGAAUGAACUAAAUGAAGAAAGAAAAAACACAGAGAGACUCCGACCAUUCGGGGGAUUUGAUGACGGAAGUGAACUGAAACGCUUUGGAGCUAGAAUUUUACCCCAUUUGAGCUUUUUGUGCCGAAUUUGUUUUUUUUUUACGAAAUGACGCAGUUCUACGCUGAGUGCUACGUGCUCAAUACUCCGUUCACUUCUAUCUUUCGCAAAAGACGGAGUUUAAUGCUGACAUCAUAUCUCUAAUAUCGUAAUUAUCAUCCGCCUCAUCAUCAUCAUCAUAAACACACACACAGACACACAAACUGUGAGUAGGAAAAGAAAAGUGCUAGCGUGUAGGGUAGGUUUAUAAGAGGAAAACAGCUACAAAAGGAGGGAACUGUAAAAAAUGAUAAGAUAACCGUGUGCGUUGGCGAAAUCGCGGCGAAACGGAUCGAGAAGAGAAUCAAAAGAGUGUGGCCGGUUGGGGGCGAGUGUGCGCCUCGUCCUUCGUCCCACGUCGGCGAACUUUAUCACUUUCGUACAUUUCCAUUUUGGGUUUAUCGUUAUCGAUCAGCCAGCGACGUUAGGAAAGGGGUUUCAACCGAAUAAAAACACGAACCGCGUUCUUGUUCGCCUAAUAAUUGCUAGAUAUGUGUGAGGUCGAAUGGUCGAUGGUUACAAUGUAGACGAGCAGCCACAACACGUAAAAAUUACUUCAUUUAUCGUACAUACAAAAUAACAAAGAGUAAACGUUCAAUCUCUAGAUAACAGCCGAUUAAUCAUAUUCAAACUGUGUAAACCCCAGUCAUAGUGUCGCUAGUUCGCUAUCCGGUAUACCGUUGUUACCAACUUCGUAACUAGUAGUAAACGAAAACCAAUCCCCCCCUUGUGUGGCGCUCAUACGGGAACAUAUACCUGAAAUAUAUAUACGACAAAACACAAUGGUGUGCCUGCGAAGCACCGCUCGAUUUAGGGUUUACUACAUUAGAACGUUCGAUUACAAAGCAAACCAGACGCGGCAUGACGCUAAAUAAAGCUACUCAAUAACUCUGGAAACACUCUAUAUUUGUACGAGAAGAGGUACCUAUUUACUAUUCCCGACCGAAAUUGGCCAACCCUUGGCGGUAAAUUGAGAAAGAGGGCACAAAAUGAUGCGACAAGGGCAGAAGAUUUAAUAAUCCACGUUUAACAAUUCAAUCACACACCGAAACAAUCGUAAAGUGCAGUUCAGUUCGAGCACCAUUUUUGCGCCACGGCGAACACGGAGAAGUGAUCCUUACAUUGCUUUGCAUUGAUAUUACACACACAGUUCAACCCGAUUCAAGUAGGAAUUGAGAAUUACAAAAAACGGACAAAACUAUGUAAUCGACAGAAGGCGAUAUGAAUUAUCUAGCAAGUGAGCAGGACUUUCCGAAAAGGAGAUAGUAGUAAAAAUACGGACGAUUUAAACGGAAAUACCGCGGCCUGUUCCUCUGGCGAACGAGAUCGAUCGAAGUAGCGUCGACGGCAUUGUACCGCAAAACGACACUCUACAAUACACACUCUG